AUGUACGAGAUAAGUAGCCUCGACCGCGUUAAUGCCAAAGUCGAUGCCCUAACUCAGAAGAUUGAAAACGUCACUAUAGCACCUAUAGCCGCCGUGGCUGUUGUUUCCCCCAAUUGCGAAAUAUGCGGAAUGUCUGGACAUGCUGCCUCCGAGUGCCAUCUUUUGGCAGGAGUUUCCCUGGACCUAGUAAACUAUGCUCAAGGAAACCCCUACUCAAACACGUAUAACCCAGGAUGGAAGAAUCACCCUAAUUUCUCGUACAAGAACAAUAAUGCUUUGUACGCACCUGGUCAAGCACCCAGUGUACCACCUGGAUAUCAAAAGGCACCAUUCUCUACUCCUAACGUCCCUAGGAAGUCUAACUUAAAAAUAAUGAUGGAAAGCCACUCAAACUCAGACUAA